UCUCCGCCCAAAGCUUCUGUGCAUAUCCUUGGAACGCACAUGACGAACGAUCAAUCCAAAGCUAUCGACUUUGACCUCUGGAUCGACUGUACGAAGGUAGUAGGAAUCAGAGCAGGGCAACUCGUGACGACCAAUGCAAAGGGCUGUCGGGCAUGGGAGAGGUCCACCGAUCAGGACGGCUGCACAUUUGAGGAGAUACUCAGUCCUAUAUUGAAUACUAAUCCCAAGCUCAGUUUCAGAUGGACGCUUCACAAAUCAGCAUUCCUCCCUGAUGAUCAAUUCGCAGCAUUCAAGUCUCAUAUUGAACAUCUGGCACACAGUACCGCCUACGGCGGGUCUGUCGAGGUGGAAUUUCACUCUCCAUCCGCAGAGCCAGACACCUUACCUGAGCAACACGACGUGCAAAUUCGAGCGGAGUGGAGCUUCGAGUGUCCGUUCUCGCCUACCGAUCAGGUCUGGAACCAGUUGGCGAUGAACGCUAUGGUCGCCCGAAAGAAGGGUAGGGUGUCUCCGAGUCAAGACCCUAGACCAGCUCAUGGGAUGUCUUCUUUCCGGAGAGCUAUCAGACAAGGUGGUAUGUCUCGGAUCGUGUUGCAGCAGCAGGAUGCGGAAGGGGUGAAGCAUUCAGUGAGGCAAUAUUCGCAGUGGGGCUGUGAU